AUGGGAAACCCUGGCAGGCAAGCUGCGGCAGGGAAAGGGCUGGCAUCACUUCAUCAGCGGACCCCAUCACAAGGGGCACCCACUGUUCAGACCGCCAACGUCGAUGAGAGCCGGGCCAGCGCGACAGGAGGAGACACAAGAUCUCAUGAGAAUCCUAGAGCCUCUACUGCACGAUAUGUUGCGUCCGGACUAGGACAAGCGAUACCAGGUGGUUAUGAAGCUACACUGCAACCUAGCACCCAUACAACACCCUUUCCUAAAGACAAUCAAUGGGUCAGCCCUCCAGCGGUCCUUGUCGAUAGGCCCUGUUCAUUACCAAAGAGCCAAGAUGGUCAAGCGGGAUCGAGCAAUCUUCAAAAUGCGACUCGCAAUCAAGGAGACGCACCUAAACCCGUGUUAACGUCUGCUACUGCCGCAAGAGCUGAAGAGACUCAGCAUACAUCACACUUCCUGGACGAACUGGGAGCACCAAACUAUCAAAAGCAAGACCACAAACGUUCUCGGCGCACUGCCAGCAAUACCAGUCAUCUUGAUGGAAGUGAGGACCAAUCUACCGGAUUACAGCACUCUCUACACCUAGAAUCGAAAGCGAAUUUGGCUCAGACUGGCGGUCAUGAUGGCACGUGCGAGUUUGAACCCGACCCUGACACCAGCGCCAUCCGAGCGUCGAGCUCGAUAAUGUUGAGAAAACGGAGCAUAGAAUCAGUUCACGCUCCACGAGGGGCGAAUUCAACCUGUUCAGGUUGCACCCUACCGAGCAAGACGCUUCCAACAGCUAUACACCUUGAGGAAGGUGAAGCUGCAAGUCGUCCAUUGAAUGAUGCUGAAGUCACAAUGGACCUCAAAGCUUUGCAAAUCAGGUCUGCUCCCGAAGAACUUAGUGGAAUAGUUGGUAGAGCUGCCUUGACCGUUUCUCCGACCUCUCCAAGUACCGCAGAUACUUUGCGUAUUCGAGCUCCAAGCCUAAGCUUCAAGGCAAAGAAGUUGCGGGGUAAAUUCGAUGCAGGGGCGCUCGAAGCACAGUUCGGGAUUGAGCUGUCUGCAGAGAAUGCACAAAGACUCAGGGCGCUUUCCGGUGACGAAAUGGGGGCAGCGAUCAAUCUUUACCUUCAAGGGUACUGCAAUCCUUCGGAGAGCCAAAGUCCUGAUUCUUCCAGUCAGAGGGACGAGCAUCAUUCCAGGAUCGACAAACAUCGAAAUAGCAGUGGAUCUGUAUCGUCUGUCGAAUUCUGGCAACGGAAACGCCGAACCGACAAGUCAAGUCAAAGCCCCGAUUUAGAAGUAACAAGAGGGUCGCCAAGUCAGAGAGCCACUUUCUUGGUGGACAGCAAUUCCGUAACCGAAGUCUCAGAACAGGGCUGCGCUCAGCGUGACCGGCAAAGCAACGGUUUAGUACUAGGCAAGGUGUAUAGACCAGAGCUAGUCUCUCAACCCGGUUCAGCUCAAGAUGACUCUGGUUGCAACAUUCACCCAAAACCAUCGUCAGAAAGAGUCGUGCCAGAGGAUAAGGAUCGACGGGGUGGUUGCGGUAGCAGCUGCAUUGGCCCGGAGGGUGCUGGUGCUCAAAGCGAUAUUGUGCCUGCUAUUGGCGGCGUGACUCCUACAGACCCGGAAGUAGCAGAGGCUGACGAGAAGAGUGAACAUUCAGGUACUGGCCCUGUGCCGCUUCGAGGUAUGCAGGCCUUCGCCAACCAAGAAAAUGUCCGACCGAGAAAUCCGCCUUCGAGUACAAGCAGAUUACCAAACGGCAAACUGGGAAGUGGAUCAGGCUGGGGCGCCUUUGGAAUGCCAAUGGGAGGGGCACCAGGCCUGCAAAGCGUGCAACAACGAAAUAUGGGUGGAAAUAGUGGAAUAGGCUCUUUCGCACAAAAUGUCGGCGGGUCUCAACCUGCAACUCCUCUCGACCCCUUAGAAUUUCCUUCUCUCUCAGGCACUCCACAAACACAACAACAAAACCCUGGCCAAGCAAUUUGGGCACAACGACCGGCCCAGCAAAACCCAACGCAAAAUUCACGGCAGCAGCAAUCUCAACCUUCUCAACCAAAUUCACUCCAAAUUCAGCCGCAGUCGCAGCCAUCUCACGAGGACAUGUUCUCAGCGGCGUCUCAUUUUUCCACUGGAUUAGGUGACUAUGGUCAAGGCAAUCAGCAACUCUCGGGGAGUACUCAGCCACAGACAGGCAACAUCGAUGAGUUCCCGCCAUUAGGACGUGAAACUUCUUCAGGUCUAGGUCAGGAAAGGAGAGGUAGUUUGUUGCAAAGUAGUACAUUUGGAGGCUAUGGUGCUGGAAUGGCAUUUGCAGGCAUGACCCAGCAACAGCGGACUCUACUGAGCAGUGCACUUGAUAGGGAAAGAAUGGCUUCGCCGGCAGGCUCAGGCAUGGGUUUAAUCUCAACAUCUCGAUCACCAAAUCCACAAGGACAAAAUGGCAAUGCGGCGCAGGAGAAACUUGGGACUAUUGGGUCCGGAGCAGAUGGCUCGAACCGCCAAGGAGACUUCUCCAACCAAUCUCAACAACAACUUCCGCAUCAAUCAAGUCAGAUGAUGAACAACACAUUUGGUGGAAACGACCUGGUUGACUCGCCGUCAUCACUGCAACAGGCUGGGCCACAACCUCUAGAGCAAAUGUCUGAUGCCGACAAAUUCGGGCUACCUGGUCUUCUCGCCAUGAUGCAUCACCCUUCCGCCGACCUGCGCAGCCUAACAGCCCAAGGGCAAGAUCUCACAACGCUUGGUCUUGACCUGACGUCAACCGAACCUCUUCACACGCACCUUGCAAGCGUGUUCAACCCCACAGCUCACACCCGUCUCCCCCUCGAUGCCGACUACACGCUGCCAGCCUGCUACCGUGUUGCCAAUGUGCAAAAUCUGCAUGAGCGCAUCCCCAGCUUCAGCGAGGAAACACUCUUCUAUAUUUUCUACUCGAGUCCCAAGGAUGUCGUACAAGAACUUGUGGCAGAUGAGCUGAUAGGGAGGAAGUGGCGAUUCCACAAAGGGGAAAAGAUGUGGGUGACGAGGGAUGAGAAUUAUCCAGCACCAGUGGAGGUGGAGAGGGAGGUUAGUGAGCAAGGCUUCUACAUCUGGUGGGAUUGGAAGGGAUGGAAAAAGGUGAGGAGGCAGUACAUACUACGAUAUGAGGACCUUGAUAACGGCUCAACGAGGAAUGGAUCGGCGUUGAACCAGAUGGCAUUGAGUGCAGCACCGAGCGCUGUUGCUCCGGCGGCGGCAGGUAUAUUCAACCGCUUUGAAGAGCGCAUUUUCCGCUGCCGCCAGAAUGCAGUCUCUCGCGCCAGCGCCGACCAGCGCCAUGCAUUCUUCCACUCAGUUCUCCGCGAGCAGCUACUUUCUCAAGUCAACACGUCGAACAACCCACGAGAUCAGAACGAGAUGCACACAUCGAGUCCAGCAUCUCCAAAUGAUCCACUUGAUCAUACAAUGGCCGGUUCUGGUAUGAUGAGCACCAGCGCUGGUAGCGAUGACGGUAAUGACGGUGAUGGACGAAAAGGUUACGGCAAACGGGAACUCAGCACAAGCAAGAGAGCGGCUCAGAAUAGAGCGGCGCAGAGAGCAUUCCGCCAGCGCAAAGAAGGCUACAUCAAGAAACUCGAAGAGCAGGUCCGCGACUACACCAUCCUAAACGAAAACUACAAAGCCAUUCAAGCCGAGAACUACCAGCUCCGCGACUACAUCAUCAAUCUUCAAUCCCGCCUGAUCGAAUCUCAAGGAGAAUUCCCUCAACCGCCUCCCAAUAUCGAUGGUCUGCAUCCCGGCAACCCGGGCCAGCAGCAGCAUGCACCACAACACGCAUCACAACAUCAAGGACCAUCACAGCAACAGCAUCACCAUGCUGCCGGCCCCGGGGAGUCAAGUAAUAUCGCUGCCGGACUGGAUCAGAUGAGAGGAGCGCCUCCGGCUCAUCAUCUUGGGAGGGCGGGUGAUCCGCGGGGACAUACACCGGAGGGACAAUCGUAUCAUGCUCAUAUUCAUGGUCAUGGCCAGGCUCCGGAGAGCCAUAGCCCGGGGUUGAAGCGGAUGAAAGUCGAUGAAAGGGAGAUGACUGCUGCUCAGCAGGCGUUACAAGGAAGAGUAGAGAGAUGA